AUGGUAAUAGAUAAAGAAAGUAGCAUUUUACGUAUGGGUGCAAAGUUAUGGUUAAAUAGUAUUAUAGAGGACGAAGGAAUUUAUGAUUUAUUAAAUAAUUUUAUCGAGAACGAUUUUAUAAAUUUUAUAGAUAAAGAAAUUAUAUUGCAAGUUGGUGGUAUUAUUCAAAAAGGCUCAGAUUUAUGUUUAGAUGGUUUUUUUGGAAUAGAGCUCUUUCCAAAAAAUAGUAACAUAGAAAAAUUUAGCAUUGAAGGGAAAAUUGUUAAAAUAAAAAAUGAAAGGAAACUAUAUGCGUUAGGAAUAAUAAUAGCGCUUACAAUAAUUCCAGAAAAUACAAAGGUAGAUUUAAAAACAGAUGAAAAGAUUUUAAAAUGGUCGAUAGAUUAUAGUAGGAUAGGAAGUACACGACGUGAAUUAGAUGAUCCAUGUUAUAUAUUUCUAAAUUGCAUAAAUACAAUGUUAGAUUUAAAAGGUAUAAAAUUUUUAAUUAACGAUAAGAAUGGGGAAAUUACAGAAAUGAUGAAAGAAGUGAAAUUGCCAGCUUUAAAAAAAGAGUUAAUUAGAAAUAAACAUUCGAUUGAAGAGGUAGUCAUUAAAUACCAUAAUAUAAUCAUUGACAAAUACACGUUAAGGAGGAAAACUUGGGGAAUUAAAAAUGACAAGUGUCCACGUUGUAUUUUGGAAAUAGAAUAUUGGGAUCAUAUAUGGUCUUGCGAGAAAAAUGGUCCCAAUAAUAAGGAAAACGUCUUGUUUAGAGAAAGUGUAGAGGAAUUUUCACGUGUGAAAUACAAUGUAUUUAGAGAAGUCACUCGAGGUAUUAUUAAUGAAAAAUGGUUGAAGAUUUGCACUAAAGCAUUGUUCAAAGCAAUAUUACGAGAUAUUUUUGAUCUUUAUAUGGUAAAAUUACAGAAAUGUAUAUGGGAAGAACGAUGUAAUGAAACGAUAGAAAUAGAAAAACAAAUGGGUCUUUUUAAAGAACUUAAAAGAAAAAAGCGGAUAGACACAAAUGAUAGUGCAGAUGAUGAUGACGACAUUUCGAAUAAUAAAAAUUAUAAUAAUAAAAAUGAUAAGAAAAAAAUUAAAAAAAUUAAAAAUAUAAUAAAAAUAGAUUUAGAAAAUAGUGUAAAAGAAGACGUAUUUUGUUUAGGUAGCUCUAACAGACAUAGGAUAGGUAAUAAUAUUAUUAGUAAUUUAGUCAAUACAUAG